CCCUAAUAGACAUUUCAUAACCAAUCUGCCGGGCUCCCCUUCAUCGUACGAAAACAUUGCCAAGAUCUAACUGAAAUGAGGCUGACCAAGACCCUGUGCGCCCAGCAUCUCGGCUGGCACUUCAAGAAGCACUGGCUGGUCCAGGGAAAGCGGGUGCCCAAGGAAACUGGCGCUGCCGCCGAGCUCCUUAAACUUGGGGUUCAGGUGAAGAAUCCAGAGGAUCUUUUAAACGCCAAAGUUGAGAGAAAACUUGUGGGCAUUGUGGGCACCCGCGAGAAGGCGAUUCCCGAGGACAGCAGGCACCCCGAUUGGCACUCCACCGUUUGCCACUCCUACUCCGACCACAGCGUGCUAAUUGGCGGAUUGCCACAGGCCCAGGUGCUGACCAACUGCAUCGAGAUCCCGACCUUUCCCAAGCAAGUCGAGGAUGCCAUCGCCAGCCAGCAGUUGCCCAAAACCAUAGACAAGAGCAUUCGGCAUGCCAUUCUGGCCUCCCACGUGCUCGAUGCGGAGCAAGUGAAGCUGCCCAAGGUGAGGCUGCCGGAGAGGCCGCGUUUCAAUCUGCCCCGCUCCUACGGAAUUUCCCACGAAAGGGUCAAUCGUCUGCUGGUGAACAAGCUCCUGCAAGAAACCGAAAAAUUGGCCGGUCGUUCAGUCUCCAUUCGAAGGAAGCUCAUAGACAACGCCACUUUUAAGACCUCUCUGAGUAAAGACGGUGAUCUGCUUGGUUUCACCAUCAAUGCCGAGAAGGUUGUCUUUGCUAAUCGCGCCAUCGAAGCUGUCAAGGGAAAAUUUGAAGGAGUUCUACCCGAUCUUUACCCCAUGAAGACUACGAUCUCGAUUCCGAAACAGCACAUUUACCAAACGGAGAACUUUUACCCCCUGCGCACGGACAUAAGCUGCUCCCAUCCACACACCAUCUUCACGGUCUUUAACAAGCAACUGGUUAAAAAUUCCCAUGGAUCCGAGGUCACAACUUCUCAGCUUCAGGCAAGGACAUUGGUCAAGGCUUUUGUUGUGGCUGCGGCGCGAGCUAGACAAUUGCAUGGGGAAUCCGUGGAGGGUGCUCUUCCCAAGCCAAUUGUCGUGCAGAGUGUCCAGACCGACGGACGGUCUUUCCACUUCGGAGUGCUGCAGCUCAAUACACUCGAUCUUGGCGCCAAUAGCACUACGAAGAACUAUUGGUUCCACCGGCAGAACUACGACCUAUUCUCCGAGUGCUCUUACGAAGCGGGAAGAACGCAUUUGGAGAAUUACAACGGCGAUGUCUUCCGCAUAUUUAAUGCUUUUUAUAACAACUCCUAAAUAUAAAUGCUAUUGAAUAAUAAAAUAUGUUUUUUGUUAUGUC